AUGCCCCCGGCAGCCCUGCUGCUCCUGCCCUCGCUGCUGGCGCUCCUGGCUCACGGACUCUCCUCAGAGGCCCCCACGGAGGGGGAAGGGCAGGCCCCAGGCCUGGAGGAGACAGAUGGAGAGUUGACAGCGGCCCCUACACCUGAGCAGCCAGAACCAGGCGUCCACUUCGUCACAACGGCCCCUACCCUGAAGCUGCUUAACCAUCACCCCCUGCUGGAGGAAUUCCUACAAGAGGGGCUGGAGAAGGGCGAGCUGAGGCCUGACCCACCUACAGCGAGUCCCUUGCCCCGCCUGGCCAAUCAGGACAGCCGCCCCGUCUUCACCAGUCCCACUCCAGUCGUGGCGGCAGCCCCUACUCAACCCCAGUCCAGGGAGGGACCCUGGAACCUGGAGUCAGAGCCCCCUGCACUUCGUAUCACAGCUGCCCUACCUCCGGGGCCCAGCAUGGCAAUGCCCACCCCAGGCCCAGGGGAGGGGCCCAACACUACACCCCCUGGCGGAGCAUGGACUCCAACCCCAGAGGGUCCUGGAGACAUAGGCAGGCCCUGGGCUCCGGGAGUCAUGUUCCGGACCACAGGGCUCAGGAUGGAGGGGACCGUCGCCACCUCCACAGCUUCAGGGGACGAUGAGGAGACGACCACCAGCACCAUCCUCACCACCACUGUCACCACAGUCCAGCCACCAGGCCCUUGCAGCUGGAAUUUCUCAGGCCCAGAGGGCUCUCUGGACUCCCCCACAGCCUCCAACUCACCCCCUGAUGUCGGCCUGGACUGUUUCUACUACAUCUCCGUCUACCCUGGCUAUGGCGUGGAAAUCAAGGUCCAGAACAUCAGCCUCCGAGAGGGGGAGACCGUGACCGUGGAGGGCCUCGGGGGGCCAGACCCACUGCCCCUGGCCAACCAGUCUUUCCUGCUGAGGGGCCAAGUCAUCCGCAGCCCCACCCACCAGGCAGCCCUGAGGUUCCAGAGCCUCCCACCCCCUGCUGGGCCUGGCACCUUCCAUUUCCACUACCAAGCCUAUCUCCUGAGCUGCCAUUUUCCCCGACGUCCAGCUUAUGGAGCCGUGACCGUCACCAGCCUCCACCCUGGAGGUAGUGCCCGCUUCCACUGUACCACUGGCUACCAGCUGAAGGGUGCCAGGCUCCUUACCUGUCUCAAUGCCACCCAGCCCUUCUGGGAUUCUCAGGAGCCGGUCUGCAUCGCUGCCUGCGGUGGAGUGAUCCGCAACGCCACCACCGGCCGCAUCGUCUCCCCCGGCUUCCCGGGCAACUACAGCAACAACCUCACCUGCCACUGGCUGCUUGAGGCUCCCGAGGGCCAGCGGCUGCACCUGCACUUUGAGAAGGUUUCCCUGGCAGAGGAUGAUGACAGGCUCAUCAUCCGUAAUGGGGACAACAUGGAGGCCCCGCCCGUGUAUGAUUCCUACGAGGUGGAGUACCUGCCUAUUGAGGGCCUGCUCAGCUCCGGCCGACACUUCUUCGUGGAGCUCAGUACUGACAGCAGUGGGGUGGCUGCGGGCAUGGCCCUGCGCUACGAGGCCUUCCAGCAGGGCCAUUGCUAUGAGCCCUUUGUCAAAUACGGCAACUUCAGCAGCAGUGCACCCUCUUACCCUGUGGGGACCACUGUGGAGUUCAGCUGCGACCCUGGCUACACUCUGGAGCAGGGCUCCAUCAUCAUUGAGUGCGUGGACCCCCACGACCCCCAGUGGAAUGAGACAGAGCCCGCCUGCCGAGCCGUGUGUAGUGGGGAGACCACAGACUCGGCCGGCGUGGUGCUCUCCCCCAACUGGCCGGAGCCGUACGGCCGUGGGCAGGACUGCAUCUGGGGUGUGCACGUGGAGGAAGACAAGCGCAUCAUGCUGGACGUCCGAGUGCUGCGCAUAGGCACAGGUGACGUGCUGACCUUCUAUGACGGGGAUGACCUGACAGCUCGGGUCCUGGGCCAGUACUCUGGGCCCCGUGGCCACUUCAAGCUCUUUACCUCCAUGGCUGAUGUCACCAUUCAGUUCCAGUCGGACCCCGGGGCCUCAGUGCUCGGCUACCAGCAGGGCUUCGUCAUCCACUUCUUUGAGGUGCCCCGUAAUGACACAUGUCCGGAGCUACCUGAGAUCCCCAAUGGCUGGAAGAGCCCGUCGCAGCCCGAGCUGGUGCAUGGCACCGUCGUCACCUACCAGUGCUACCCUGGCUACCAGGUGGUGGGCUCCAGCGUCCUCAUGUGCCAGUGGGACCUCACUUGGAGUGAGGACCUGCCCUCAUGCCAGAGGGUGACUUCCUGUCAUGACCCUGGGGACGUGGAACACAGCCGACGCCUCAUAUCAAGCCCCAAGUUCCCCGUGGGGGCCACCGUGCAGUAUAUCUGUGACCAGGGUUUUGUGCUGACGGGUAGUGCCCUCCUCACCUGCCAUGACCGCCAAGCCAGCAGCCCCAAGUGGAGCGACCGGGCCCCCAAAUGUCUCCUAGAACAGCUCAAACCAUGCCACGGCCUCAGUGCCCCCGAGAAUGGUGCCCGCAGUCCCGAGAAGCGGCUGCACCCAGCGGGGGCUACCGUCCACUUCUCGUGUGCCCCUGGCUACGUGCUGAAGGGCCAGGCCAGCAUCAAAUGUGUGCCCGGACACCCCUCACAUUGGAGUGACCCCCCACCCAUCUGUAGGGCUGCCUCUCUGGACGGCUUCUACAGCGGCCGCAGCCUGGAUGUUGCCAAAGUGCCAGCUGCCUCCAGCACGCUGGAUGCUGCUCACAUCGCAGCUGCCAUCUUCUUGCCGCUGGUGGCGAUGGCGCUCUUGGUGGGAGGUGUGUACCUCUACUUCUGCAGGCUCCAGGGGAAGAGCCCCCUGCAGCUGCCCCGGACACGACCCCGCCCUUAUGACCGCAUCACCGUGGAGUCAGCGUUUGAUAAUCCAACUUACGAGACUGGAGAGACGAGAGAAUAUGAAGUCUCCAUCUAG